UUCUGUCACCCACUGGCCUCAGAGUGGGUGAUGGGACGGUAAAGAUGGCGUCUGAGGGAUCUGUGUCUCUGAUUUACAGGAGUAGAUGACGAUGAUGAUCCCGUUAUCACCGUAUGACAGCACAGUUUCUACAAGGUACAACUAAAGUAUCAGCCGGAAGUGAUUUCUCAAUCUUAAGAGUGCGUGUAUACAAAGAAGUCAAACACAAAAAUAAAGCAACCCAUGGAGGAUAUCAACUCCAACAUUAACGCAGACUUGGAGGUGCGGAAGCUGCAGGACUUGGUGAAGAAACUAGAGAGACAGAAUGAACAGCUGCGGACCAGGUCCACUCUGAUUACCUCAUCGGGUGGGGUGUCAGGAGGUUCAAGAGCCCUCAGCAGCGGCCCCGAACUGCCUCAGUCGUCGGCAGGGCUGGCGGGGUUUCGUGGGGUGGGGUUGGGAGAGACCAGAGGUUUAGGGUCGUACAGAAACCCCUCCGUGGACGAUAUAGGGUACUUUGGGAGGGCAGGUGUGGGCGAUUUGGCAGCUGCUGGCUCAUUGUUUGGGGGGGCAGGGGAUUUUGGCGAAGAAGGAGAGACAACUAUCCUGGACGAGGUGGAAAUACUCAGUCUGGAAGACACCGGUUGUCUCGAUGAAGCCGAGGACAGUUGGUUGCAUCAAUCACCAAAGAAGAAUCCCACCUCAUUGCGGAAGGCUGUUAGUCCACUAGCCUGGUGCAGACAGGUGCUGGAUCAUCCAAGUCCUGAUGUAGAAUCAAGAAAAAGAUUAUUAAUACACAGGCUCGAACAGACCAUGUCAGCAAACAAGAGGAGAAGUCUCUAUGGCAGUCCAUACAACACAACAGCUGGUUGCUCGAGCCCUUACAGUCCCAACACAGGGAAUAGCCCAUACAGCAGUGGCUUCAACUCCCCUUCCUCCACCCCGUUGAGGAUUCCCAUUGUGAAGCAGCUGGUGUUGCCAGGCAGUUCAGGUAAUUCCAAAAGCUCUACAGAAAGGAACCUGCCCAUCAGCCCCCAGUCCUCUGUGGACAGUGAGCUGAGCACCUCGGAGAUGGACGAGGAUUCGGUCGGGUCCGGGUACAAGCUGAACGAUGUCACGGACGUGCAGAUUCUAGCACGAAUGCAGGAGGAAAGUCUCAGGCAGGAGUACGCUGCCACAGCAUCACGCCGCAGUUCAGGCUCCUCUUGUCACUCCCUCCGGCGAGGCACCUUCAGCGAUCAGGAGCUAGACACCCACAGCCUGGAAGACGAAGAGGAGGCCGUCCACCCAGCCUUUCACACCCCCAUCAAUCGCUUCUCCCCGUCACCCCGACACUCCCCACGUCCAUCGCCCCGACACUCCCCCCGUAACUCCCCACGUUCUCGCUCCCCUGCACGCUCCCUGGAGUACAGCCGCGCCUCCCCACAGCCAGUCAUCAGCCGGUUGCAGCAACCACGCCUCUCCUUACAAGGACAUGCCCCUGACAUGCAGACUAGUUCUGUCAAGAACGAAGAAAAGCUAAGACGUAGUCUUCCCAACCUCUCUAGGACAUCUGGUAUCCAGGCAGCAGAGCCUGUCAAAAACAGCAGAAGUUUCGACUCAGAUCUUCAAGUGUCAAAUGGUGGAGCACCUCGACUUCAACAGCAGCCCUCAGCCACUUUGAAAAGGCACAUAAACAUGCCUUGUUCUUCCCUGAAAGCCAAACCUCUUCUUCAAAGUCCAGCUUCCAAAAGAGUACCUUCCCCCAGCAAACUGCGACCUCCUGCAGCUCCAUCCCCCCUAUCCUUGCGGCAGCCCAUCAAAGCGAUGCUGAACCCUGGGACCUCCUCCCCCACUCCUGCAGGAGCCCCUACCACCCCCACCCGAUCCGUCGGGUCCCGCAGCGGCCUCCCGCGGCCCAGCAACUCAGCUGGAGGAGGAGGAGGAGGAGGAGGAGGACUACCAGUGCCUCGCAGUAAACUUGCACAGCCUGUUCGAAGGUCAUUGCCAGCUCCCAAGACAUAUGGUGGUAUGAAAGAUGAAAGCUGGAAAGAAGGCUGCUACUGAAUGAGAGCAUGAAGAACUCCUAUAGACGGCAUUGCUCGUUUCUACAACCUUAAGACUUGGACAGGCUGUUCCUGUGUGAUUUGCAGGAUUCAAGAGGAUGGGGGGGGGGGGGGGGGGGGGGGGGUUGAAUCCUAGAGUUCUGUCAUUUUAAUCUGCACAAACUGGUAGAGAUUAUAAAGCUGCACUUUAAUGACAUUCAGAAAUGUUUGUAUUUUUUUUGUAUUCAUACAAUCCGUUUCCAUGGAGUUCUAAUUUUUACUGUGCUUAUGUGGACCCCAUCAUACCAUUCAGAACAAUAACGGCCAAUAUCUGGGUACAAACCCAGUGAAUGCCAAAGAGAAAUGCUGACUUCAAAUAGCAGUAAAUGAGAACAGUGAAGUCCAGAGGGUUUCACUCUGCACCUCUAAUCCAGUAUGGCACAUUAAACAGUACAGUACAGGAUUGUGUUGAAAAGCAGAUCUACUGUACCAGUGCACACAACAGAACAGCAAAGAAAGCUGCAUAAAACCCUUUUCCUUAACAAGUCGGUGCAGAAUUUGUGAGUAUUAUGCAAUAGCAACAUUCAUUGUGAUCUAUAGCAUUUCAGGGGGAAACUAUAUGUUAGUUGUGUAUUCAGCUUGCAUUCUUUGGUUUUACAUUGACAUUUCAUCUGAGCGUAUUUUUUAGGGGAUGCCAAAAGGCUUAGGACAUUUUUUUUUCUGCACUAUAGGUUUUGGCUCAGGAAAGAGUUGUUACUGGUGUCUUGCCAGCUUAUACACAGUAUGUUAAGCAGGGCAGGGGAGAUUUUUAAUAACAAGUAAAAGUCAAGCAGAACUUGUCUAUUUAUUCUAUUGUAAACCCAUCACAGUGCUUACACUGUGGAACUGCAUAUUAAAGUUCUGUUAAAACUAUGCACCUUAUUCAUAAUCAUAAGGUAUACUAAAGUGUGUGAUUUUGAACUCUGCCGCCUAAUAUGUUGUUUGUACAAUUUAGCGACAUAUCAUGUGGGAAAUGUAUUUGUAACUACAUUAGGACACAGGCACAGUUAUGCUAAAUAUGUUAACCUACAUUGAACUCCUGGUGUGGGGAAAGUUGCAGAGGAGUAGUCGCUUUGUAAACAUUGGGUAAGCUUUGGAGACCUUUUAAUCCUACUGUAGCAGUGACCCCUUUCAUGCAUGAAAAGUGCCUGGCUUGAUUUUUACAUCAGCUUUUUAAUGACCACACCCCCCCCCACCUCAAACAGUCAGUCUUAAAACUGCAGAGAGGAGACAGCUGUGCCUCACUGGCAUGAGGCAUUGAGCAUAGCUGGGAUUAAAUGAAUGCAGUAAAACUGUAACCCAGAGUGCUCUUGUAUAUAUAAUUGCAGGUGAUCAAACUGGCAACUUUUCUCAGUCUUUAUUUUUUUAUCUUUUUUGUUUUAUACUACCAGACACCAACCAAAAACAUGUUUUAUUGUGCUUAUCAUACAGUGUUUUAACAAACCGCUGAUGUCUUGAUUUUCCAAGGAACCCACCAAUAAUAAACCGAAGCAUACUAACUUGUUGCUAAUUAGAACGUAUUCUAUUUCAGUUAUAUGUCAAUAUUUUAUAUUACAAUGUAUUUAUUCUGGUUGCUUUAAAAGCAUGUGGGGUUUUUUUAUUUUAUUUUUUUUGUAUGGAAGAUCAAAACCAGAGUAAUAAGAGCCUUGGAUUCAUACACUACUUAAAUAAACUUUUUUGGAAGGUUCAACCUGUACAUUUAUAUUUAUUGUCGCAUUGCUGUGACUUUUUGGUGAUGAAAUAUGCUUUUUUAGUACAUUUCGACACGUGGCACGGGAACAGCACCAGGGUGGCACUGGUGCGACGCAAAAUAAAUCUGAUUGAAUCCAGUUUUUUGCGAUUUGAAACCCGUUAAUUUGGACAUUGAGCAAUCAGAGAACAGCUUCAAUGCACAUGGUCUUGCAGGGCAAAGCAGUCUCCAGAAUGACAUAGGAAAAAAUAAUACUUAGAUAUAUAAAUAUUAGAAAAAAUACCAGAACUUUAUGACAAAGGGCAUCACAAUUGUAAAGAUACAGAUUUGAAAGACAAUGUAUGGGAGUAUAUUUCAAAGGAACUGGAUAAGCAUAGUGUUAUGAUUUAU